UGUGAUUUUUGAUAAAGUUAUAGAAGAAGUUGGGCCUGAAAAUGUCGUACAAUUUAUCACUGAUAAUGCAGCAAAUUAUAAAGCUGCAGGUGAAAUGUUAGCAGCACGAUAUGGGAGAUUUUAUUGGAGUCCAUGUGCUGCUCACUAUGUAAAUCUUAUGCUUCAGGGAUCUUGGUGAAAGAGAUGAUAUGAAGUUGACAGUUCAUAGAUGCCAAGAAAUCACGAAGUUUAUUUAUAAUCAUGCUUAUGUCUUGAAUUUGAUGAGGAAAUUCACAAAUGGGGCUGAAUUGAUUCGACCUGCACAAACACAGUAUGCUACAAAUGUUUUGACUGUGCAGGGUAUAGUCAAGCAAAGAACUUCUCUCAGGCAGAUGUUUUCAAGUGAUGAUUGGGCUGCAUAUCCACAUGCCUAUAAAAGAAAGGCUACGACAGUUGUGGAUACCAUCUUCGAUGCUGACUUUUGGGAAUCAUGUGUGCACUUAUUGAAGAUUUGUGUACCUCUAGUGAAAGUCCUCAGAUUAGUUGAUAGUGAAGAUAGACCUUCUAUUGGAUAUUUAUGAGUCUAUGGACAGAGCCAAGGAGGCCAUUAGAGAUAAUAUGAAGGGGAAAAAGAAGUUGUACAUGCCUAUAUGGAAGAUUAUAGAUCAAAGGUGGUCUGGACAACUUCAUUGCCCACUUCAUGCAGCAGCCUACUACCUAAAUCCUGCUAUUAGAUAUCUUCUCAUUUUUAAGAAGGAUAGAAAGGUCGAGUAUGGCAUGUUGGAUUGUAUUGAUGUAUGAGUAAGCGAUAGUAAAGAACAAGACGCUAUCCAUAUGUCGAUCAACAAAUAUGAUACGGCUUCUGGUACCAUGGCGAGAGACACAUCAGUUCGAUGCAGGACAACUAUGCGUCCAGGUUUUAGAAAAAGAGAAUUUAUACUUUUUGUUGUUUAGCUUUUCUUCUAUCUUCUCACAUAUUUAUUCUGACAACAUUUUUACUUUCCAUCUAUUAUUAAAUUUGUGGUGGGAAAGGUUUGGGCCUGAUUGCCCAGAAUUAAGGAAGCUUGCAAUUAGAAUCCUCAGCCAAACAUGUAGUGCAACUAGAUGUGAAAGAAAUUGGAGUGUAUUUCAACACAUCCACAGUAAGAAGAGGAAUAGGCUGGAACAUAAAAGGUUGAAUGACCUUGUUUACGUUCGUUAUAAUAUGAAGUUGAGACAAAGGCAACUAGAAACAACAUCUACGAGGAAGCAUCACAAUCAAUAUGAUCCUAUCUUCAUUGACCAUUUUGAUAUAUUAGAUUCUUGGGUUGAAGAAGAACCAUCUGCAAUACUUGAUGAGGACGAUCUUGAUUUUUUGAACGUUGAAGGAGCAGCAGAGAUUAUUGAUGAAGGAGAGGCUGAGGGGGAGCAAUGGAAUGUUGGUGACAUUCCAUUUGCAACAGAGGGGAUAGAAGAAGCAAUUAAUGAAGAAAAUGAAGAUGAUGAUGAAGAAUGAAGAUGAUGAUGCAGAUGACGAUUGACGAGGCUUUUUGUUUUGAGUUUUGAAAACUAUGUCAAUAUGUUUUGAGUUUUGACCUCUGAACUUAUGAAUUGUGAUGUAAUUGAAUACUCUUAGGUUGCUUAGUAUGUUAUUUUGUUUUUUGAAUGUUUGAUUUCUUAUUUUGGAAUGUCUUGUUCAUAUGCAUACUUCAUAGUUCAUACUUCAUAUACAUGAAUGAUGAAUGUUCCUUUAAAUACAUUUUUCUUGAAUUUUUCUGAUUUUUCCUAGUUUUUUCGGAUUUUUUUAGA